AGAGCCUGGCAAACACACUCAUUCACAUCCUCAGUGGCUCUGUGCAUCCAGGGCUGGCAAGGCAGCUACACCCCUCCUCCUCUCCCUGCAAAAAGUGAGCAAACUUGCACAGACAAACAGAAAGGACAUCGAACCUCAGCUGUGAGACAUUUCAGCAGAUCCAGCAAUGGCCUGGGUCAGUAAUUUCUCCUGGCUGAACCACCUUGCUCUGUAUGAGGGACGUCUCAGGGGGUACUUGAACAGCACUGAGGAUUAUUUAACCUUCCUGUGUGGGCCCAGACGGAGCCACCUGUUCCUGCCCAUGGCUUUGGUGUACUCUGUGAUCUUUGUUGUCGGGGUGGUGGGGAACUUCUUGGUUUGCCUCAUCAUCCUCAAGCACCGCAGCAUGAAGACCCCCACCAACUAUUACCUGUUCAGCCUGGCGGUGUCAGACCUGCUGGUGCUGCUUUUCGGGAUGCCCCUGGAAGUCUAUGAGAUGUGGAGCAACUACCCCUUCCUGCUGGGGCCCGUGGGCUGCUACCUGAAGACGGCGCUCUUCGAGACGGUGUGCUUCGCCUCCAUCCUGAGUGUGACGGCGCUGAGCGUGGAGCGCUACAUCGCCAUCCUGCAUCCCUUCCGCGCCAAGCUGGACAGCACCCGCCGCCGCGCCCUCAGGACCAUCCUGGCUCUCUGGGGGCUCUCCGUGCUCUUCGCCCUGCCCAACACGGGCACCCACGGCAUCGUGCUGCAGCACUUCCCCAACGGCACCCUGGUGCCCGGCUCUGCCACCUGCACCGUGGUCGUGCCCCUGUGGAUCUACAACUGCAUCGUCCAGAUCACCUCUCUGCUCUUCUACGUGCUGCCCAUGGGGGUGAUAAGUGUGCUGUACUAUCUGAUGGGGCUAAGAUUGAAAGGAGAUGAAUCUUUGGAAGUGGAGGAUUUGUCUGUGAAUGUUAAGAGGCCAUCCAGGAAAUCAGUCACCAAGAUGUUGUUUGUCCUCGUGAUAGUUUUUGCCAUCUGCUGGGCUCCAUUCCAUAUAGACCGGCUUUUCUUCAGCUUUGUUGUGGAAUGGACUGAGCCUUUGGCCAAUACCUUCAACUUAAUUCAUGUGGUGUCAGGUGUUUUCUUCUACCUGAGCUCUGCCACAAACCCCAUCAUUUACAACCUGUUGUCCCAGCGCUUCAGGAUGGCUUUCCUCAGUGUGAUUUCUCCUUGCUGCAAGCACUGUGGCCCUAAACAUCCCACUUGCAAGAUUUCAUCCCAGAAGAGCACAUUUGUGAUUGAGGAUCACAAUCUCAUGGACUCUGCUGAAAACACGAGUCUCCCUGGCACACACAGGACAUCUGUCAGCAGCUCUCAGCUCUCCACUGGCCUGUGACUUUCUGUCAUGGUGAUCCAGGUGAAAGAGAAGGUUCAGAAAAUUACCUUAAGACUAAAGCAGAAGAAAACUUCCUAAAAGACGGAUUUCAGCAAGAAUUGCUCAGGAGGUGUCCCAUUGAAAGAAUGAAGGAGACUGUAUUUCGUCUGUUAGGAAAGCACUGUAUUACCCCCAGGCUAAUGGGAGGACUGGAAAUCUGAGUUGCUCACUGAAAGCUGUGCCAGAGAAGAGCUGCUUUAAAAGGUGAGAGACACUCCCAGCACAGGAGAGAGAAUCAGCUUAGAACCAAAUAACUUCUUUUGCAGCAACCAAAACAUCAGCUUCUACUUACUUUGAAACAGGACAACUUUCUGCAUAAGCUUCUCUACCCACUUCCAGGUUUGGGUAAGCCUGCCCCACUUCCCUCUGCUACAACCUUCUUCAGGAAUGGCUGUUGCAAAGCCCUCCUGUCAAGAUCAGCGAACUGGCAAGAAUGAGAGCAGCUCAGAGCUGGGCUGAUAAACACCAGCUACCAGCAGCAGCUAUUUCUGGGCCAGAAGAACCAGGGAGCCAACAAUUGUAAAAUAAAUGUAAAGCAAACUUUUGCUUUCUGAGCUUCUUAUCAUUACUUCAACUUCAGAUAUUUAUGUGUUGUGUCCACUAGUGAAGCCUUGUGGUUGUGUUUCAGCAGACUUCACUCCUCCUGUACCAGGUGGGCUGCAGAAGUCAGAGAUCCACAUGGAUUAGGAGUCACCAAGAGCCUGGGCAGCACUCACAACAGAUGGAACUGGGACAAACCUAAUUCAAGGGCAGUAAAAAGGGGAGUUUUGCAGUGAUAUUUGACCUACUAAAUUCAGUUUUUGCCACGAAGCACAAUACAAAGAAAAAAAAGUCUGAAAAACUUUCCUGCAUCCCAGUAGUGCAAACAGAUCCUGAAGGCAAUACACUCAUAUCCAAGCUGACAAAUUCCUGGGCUCUGCUGACUGCAGGGACAGGACUCUAUAGAAUUUUGCCAAGGGAGUUCAAGGAGGAUCCAUUAUGUGAUAAAGCUCUGUCUCACCCACUUCAAAGCCUGUUCAUGGUGCUUCGGGGAAAUGCCUCCUGUGUGCAUCCUGAGGCAGGGCUGGGUUUAGUCCCCGUGCUGGGCUCAGGCUUGGCACGCACUGCCACCGAGAAUCAUGCCAUGAGUGUCACCAGGGGACUGGCAGCCACUUACACAGCCAGAGAACACAGAGUUAUCACAGCAAAUAAGAACAUUAGUUCCUGAAAGAUGAUGCACUGUGUGCAUAAAGACAUUUUCCAUUCUGGUCACUGGGGAUCCAGAUGAAUUUCCUACCGAGGAGGAAGGAAUUCUACCCCUGGUUACCACGGUCUCUUUCUUUCUUUGCCCCAAAGUUUUCUGUUUGGUUCUCACUGUGGCACUCUGAGGUGGGAGACUCGUGCCAGCUGGAGAGUCCCCUUUUCCUGGAGCACAAGGGGAAUGUUUUCAGACCCUUUUUACCACCUGCAGUCUUAAGAACCAAGCCCUGCAGAGGGGAAGAACCACACACAAGGCCUGCAGAGAAAAGGCCCUUCCUGCUCCCUAGAGACACAGCUGAAAUACUUUACCUCCCCCAAGUGGACACUUGCGUUUUACCAGUGGCAUUUACAUCUCUAAGCAGAAAUUUCGCAUUAUUUUUCCCUCUGCCAGAGAUUUCAGUGUGUUUUCCCUGUGGACAGGCCAUGGCAGUGGUGUCCUGCUGCCUGUGGGCUGCCCAGGCCCCUGCUCUCCUGCCUGUGCCUUGCUCCGAGCUCUGAUCCCACAAACCACCCAGGGACCACACAGAACACCACAGGGCAGUGGCUGUGCUGGAUUUCCCCCCUCACCUUCCCUCCCUCUCUUGGGCAGAUCCCUCACUGAGCCCUGAGGGUUUUGCCCCCUGUCCCAGGUGUGUGGAAGCUGUCCUAGACACCGGCCUAAGGGGUGAGGACACGGUGCAUUCAACACAGUCACACAGCCAGCAUGGGGUGGAGACAUUCCUCUGCCAGGUUUUGUGGCUCUUUCAAUGCUUGUUAUGCAUUUAGGGCGAGACAGCAUCUUGUGUGGGUGCACAGAGCCACCCAGGAGUGAGAGAGAGCCAUCCACAAGAGAUGCUGCUCUCUCCUCUCCUCUCCUCUCCUCAUGGGAGAAUCCCAACCUCCAGCUGCAAAGUCCGGGGCUGCCAGAUGAAUCCCUUGAGUUGCAGAUGAGCACACAGACCUGCAGACAGAGUUUGGGCAAGCUGGAGGACAAAGAUUUCAUGUGAUCUCAAACAAAGUGGCCAUACUUUUAUCCCAAAGGAAGACAAAAGGGUUUUGUGAGGAAGGGGAAGCAGAGGUGGGAGAAAUGUGCAUGGAUGGAAAAAUUUUAGAAGAGAAGUAGUGAGAACAAAAUCAUCAUGAAACCACCUGGUUCUGAAUUAAUUUAUUUUCUUGUCCCAAGAUCAGUUUUUAUCCCAUUUAAUUUGUUGUCAGUCAAAAGUAGUGAUAUGCAUAAGCAAUGCCUACUGAGCUUUUUUGGCCAAAUAUCAAAAUCAAAGCUGAAAACAUUUAGUCUUGCACCAAACCAAACCUUCUGUGAAAGUGUUAUUGGGAGAGACAUGACAAAACUCCUCUGAAUUCUGCUAAAAAUAAAAUAACUGCAGUGAAGAAAUGCAGACUAACUGGAGACUCCAAAUUAAGUUCCCUGUGACUGCACAGCUCAGUACCCCUUCACUCCUGAGGGAGGAUCUCUAGAAAAUAGUUGAUGCACUUUGUCCCUAAACGUAGUCGAUGUCCACUGGAGGCUUUUCUUCCCAAAAGGUCAGUGCUUGAGUUAUUUAUCACACUGCUCUGAUAUUUACCUCCUGCAUUUUGAAAGCUGGAUUCAAAGAUGAAAAAAACAGGAAGAUGGAUAGAGAUGUCAUGAAAGCUGAUACUAUUCCUUUAUUUAUGCAUUAAGGAGCUUUCAUAGCCAAGUGCAGAAAAAUGUUGGCAACUGGCUGAGAAAAAACUCCUGUUGCACAAAAAUGGAGAGCAACUCUCUUUCCCCCUGAAGUGGGCCAGUGUGAUAAAACUGUAUUUAUUUGAAAUCAAGCGUGACUUUGGAGACAGAACUGUCUAUUGAUUUAUUUCUCUGCUUCUGUUUCCCUCUGAGAAAUGUGUGAGCAGAAAGUGUGGAGAGCAGGGGCAGUGCUCCAGCACUGUGAACAAAACGUGGAGAGUCUGAAACGUGCUCCAAGGAAGCACUCAAGGGGAGCAGAACUGUGUUCAUUGCCAGUGAGUGAUGCUCAGAUCUCAUGCCAGGUUCAGUUGGAAAAAACGCCAUGAACAGCAGGUGGACAGUUCUGUUAAGUUUAUAAGAAGAGUUUUUGAACAUCACUGUGUUUUGAAGUGUUUAAACCACAGCUUAUCAGUAAAACUAAAUGUACAUUUCUGCUGCAGAGAUGGUUAUCUGUAUCUGUAUGUAACAUUAAAAUAAAUGU